GAGAGUUGUUGUGCAAUUUUCGCAGUUUGUUGUUAAUGAUAAUCUGACGGGGGAAAUCUCAAGAUUAAGUGUUUGCAAAUAGUUGUGACUUUGAUGAUUACAUCUCAACACUUUUAUUGAUUACACUUCUGUCUCAUUAUGCCAGCUAAUUCACGAUCAGUUCUGGUCGUAUUUUAUUUUAUUGAAGAUUGUACGUGCAAUGACACGCGCCAAAGUGUGAGGUUUCAAUUCAGUCUCGCCACAGUCUCAUUGACCCCUAAAACAAAGUGUUUUUGCAGUCCUUCAGAAGAGCAAUGAAUUACCAUUUGAAUAAAGCCCAUUGCGAAGCCGCUAAUCAUGAGUUUUUGGCAGAUAUAUUGCCGGUUUAUCGGAAGGGCAACGACGCUUUCCGGAAGUGACUUAGAGAAAUAUAAUUUGUAGCGACUUUUGGAUAUUCUGUCUUUUUUUUGUCUCGCAAUAGGAUACAAAGAACUGAAAGAAUAGAGAACGUUGAGCGAAGAAUUGAAAGCCACGAAUAUUUGGAAUUUGGAUGGAAAAUUACAGAUGAAUUUAAAAAAGUCACUCUCAAAUUCAACCGGUUUAAUAAAAUGCAUUUUUGCAAUAUAUUCUCCCCGAGAAUUUCUGUGAGAAUGGAAGAGAAAAUGUUUUCAGGUAAUAUUUUUGGUGUUUUUAGUGGUUUUAUCACUUUUCCUGCCGCACUUUGCGUCAUGUCUUCAACAGGAUCGCAAUUAUUUUUGUCAGUAAUAAAUUUCACUCCACACUGAUAAGCCCAAUUAGCAUGAGGAGACACGCCAAAAGCCAUGGAAGCCCUCAAGGCUCUUGUCUUCAGCCGCGGCAACUACAAAAAGUCCUCGUGCAGUGAUUUUUUCUCCUAUCUUAAUCUUAAUUGCUUGUUUGCUGUACAACAAAUUCUGUGAUGCUUCUUUUUGGCGGAGUGUAUAAAACUGGAUUCGCUCCAAGAGGCCACACUCGAGUGACUUCGGGGGCCUCGCUUGGGCUCUUUGGUGGGACGCAACACGAAAUUCCACACCCGAUCGUCAGUCUCUCGAGAGAUCUUCACAGUGACUGUCCGUUGGCGUGAGUAAAACCGACCCAGACGCACGUGUUCAGUCAACAAUGCAGUCACGCUGUGCCCUCCUGGUCGUCCUGCUGAUCGCCAGCGCCGGUGCGCAGGACAAUCUCAUCGAUCGCGUGCAGGAAGUCUUCGGCAGCGGCGUCCAGACCAACUCCACGCGCGACGGCACCGGAGGAUUCGGUGAAAUUGUCACGCCAGAACCGAUUGUUGAGCCCACCACGGCGCCCACUGUCCUCACCACAGGCACCGGAGGUCGCUGCACCUGCGUGCCGUACUAUCUCUGCAACCCGGACACGAACACGACGCGCCAGGACGGGCGCUUCGACGGCUUCGGCGUGAUCGACAUCCGCUUCGACCCGCGCACGUGCCAGGACUACUUGGACGUGUGCUGCGGCGAGGGGAAGCAGCGCGAGGAGCCCAUCAAGCCGCCGCCCACGACCUCGCAGCCCAACCGGCCGCGCGGCUGCGGCGUACGGAAUGUCGGCGGCCUGGACUUUACACUCUCCGGAAACACGAAUGAGGCCGGCUUCGGGGAAUUCCCAUGGACAACAGCUCUGAUUCGCAUCCGUGACGAAGUGUGCCUGUGCGGCGGCUCGCUGAUUCAUCCCAGUGUUGUGAUGACGGGGAAUCACUGUGUGCGCCUGGUGCCACCCAAGGAGCUGAAGGUCAGGGCUGGCGAGUGGGACACGCAGACGACCAAGGAGCGCCUGCCCUUCCAGGAGCGCACAGUGUCGCAGAUCAUCUCGCAUCCUAGCUAUGACAUCAAGACGCUGGCCAACAAUGUGGCGCUGCUGGUACUCACGGCGCCCUUCCAGCUCGCCGAUCACAUCAAUCCCAUCUGCCUGCCGCAGCAGAACUUCCUGUCCACCAGUGACGCGUGCUACGCCAGCGGCUGGGGCAAGGAUGUGUUCGGCAAGGCGGGCAAGUAUAGUGUGAUCAUGAAGCGCGUGCAGCUGCCCAUGGUGCCGGCGCGCCGGUGCGAAGUGGCGCUGCAGAAGACACGCCUGGGGCCAACCUUCCGUCUGGAUCCCACCUUCGUCUGCGCCGGCGGCAUCGCGGGCAUCGAUACGUGCACUGGUGACGGCGGGGCGCCGCUGGUGUGUCCAGUGGAGCCUGCCGGCGGCAAUCGCUACGUGCAGACGGGCAUCGUGUCGUGGGGCAUCGGCUGCCUGGAGGCGCACCCGGCGGUGUACACCCACGUGGCGCUGUUUCGCAACUGGAUUGACAACCACAUGAACCAGCUCAACUUCGGCAGCGCCUCCUACACGCUCGAGUGA